GGUGAAGUCGAAAAGAUAGAGAAGAGAACGGUCAGAAAUCAGAACUCCCCCAUUCCACAUGUAAUUUAUGCUCCACUGUUCUUUUUCUUCCUUCUUCGCCUACAAACCUCUCCCGCCCAUACUAAUAUCUUAUUCUGCAAGCCCUAGCUAAGCAAGCCUCUCAAUUUACAUGGUUUGUUGUGUUAUUGCAAUAAGCGUCUACGCGCAGGAGAUCUGUAGCGGAUGGCUCUGACUGUCUCCUUUGUGCAAUCUUGUAGUGUGUCUUUCAGUGAGAAAUGUCUGAGAAGUGCUAUCAUAUUUGAAGCUGAGAGAGGCUAUACGAAUGCCUUGGGAAGGAAAAUGAGGUUUAACAGUUUCCUUUUCUCUAAGGUUUCAAAAUUGUGCUCUCGAUCAAAGCAUAAGUUUGCAGAAAGCUUGUUAAAGGAGGUGGGAAGUUAUGAGCGCGCAAGCAUUACAGACCGAUCCAAGCUGCUAAAUAAGGUAUCUAUCCUGAUGGGCUACAGUGAUCUAAAUGAGUUAUUUGAGAAUGAAAGCGUACCGACAAUAUCUGGCUUGAACCAAGAAGCUGCAGCUGGUGAUUUUAGUUUUGCACGUAAACGUUUUCCUUCUAUCAUCUUAGGUCAAUCUCCAAAAGUGAAGUUGUAUGAUGAGAACACCCUACAUGAAAGGAUUGACCAUGCAGCAGGUCAGAUUUGUAAGGAUUUCUCCCCAAGCGCUGUCAAUGCAAUGUGGGUUAAUCCUGAUAGUUUCUACGAGGCAUGGCCUUCUAUGGCCAGCAUUCAUAAGUUAGAAUCUCUUUCCUUGAGAGGAGAAGAUAAUUUUAACUUACCUUCAUCUUUGGACUCUCAAACCGUGGAUAAUAAUUCAGUUUCAGGUAGUAGUGGCACAGGUGAAAUAUGGCUUUCUCAAGCUGCCAGCCUUCGUGUUGAAAAAUCUUCUUCUUCAAAGGAAGAAACAUCUUAUACUUCUCCUUUGCGUGCGAACUCCCAGACUUCGAUGGCUGAACCUAAGCUAGUUCCAGAACCCUUGGUUGAUGAUGCUCCCAGUGGAACUACACUUGAAAUUCAGCAAACUGCUUUAUCAGUUAACUUAUUUCUGGACAAACCUAUAAGUUUCAUCCCUAAAUUGAGUAAGAAGCAUAGCAGUCAGUUGGAAAAUUGUGGUUUACACACGCUGCGAAAGCUGCUUCACCAUUUCCCUAGGACCUAUGCCGAUCUACAUGAUGCACAAAUAGGAAUAGAGGACGGGCAGUACUUCAGCUUUGUUGGCAAAGUUUUAUCCUCAAGAGGAGUGAGGGCUAGCUUUAACUUAUCCUUUCUUGAGGUUGUAGUGGGCUGUGAGAUUGUGGAGAUCAAUUCAACUUCUGAACAGUUCACAGAUGAAAUUGAUUACAAAAAAAAGAAAACUGUUUACCUACAUUUGAUGAAAUUCUUCCGCGGGACUCGUUUCACAUUUCAGCCAUUUCUCAAAAGUCUUCAGGCUAAGCAUAAGGAGGGAGAAAUUGUCUGUGUUAGUGGUAAGGUGAGGUCUAUGCAUGCCAAAGACCACUAUGAGAUGAGGGAAUACAAUAUGGAUGUUAUUCCAGAUGGAAAUGCCUCAAAUGCUUCUGGAACAGAGAGACCAUAUCCAAUUUAUCCUUCGAAAGGUGGCGUAAACCCGAAUAUUCUUAAAAGUAUAAUCUCAAGGGUGCUACAGGUCUUGCCUGGCGAAAUUGAUCCUAUUCCAAGAAAUAUCACUGAGGAAUUUGGACUUGUACCCCUCCGGGAUGCUUAUCUAGGAAUACACCAGCCAGAGAACAUAGAUGCGGCUGAUUUAGCUCGUAGGAGGCUCAUCUUUGAUGACUUCUUUUAUCUUCAGUUAGGACGUCUGUUCCAAAUGCUUGAGGGACUCAGAACACAAAUAGAGAAGGACAAAUUGCUUGAUAAGUACAGGAAGCCUGAAUUGAAUGUGGUUUUUGCUGAAGACUGGUGCAAUCUUACCAAGCAUUUUUUAGGGGCCCUUCCGUAUUCACUUACACGUAGUCAACUGAAUGCAGCUUCAGAAAUUAUCUGGGACCUUAAGCGGCAGAUUCCCAUGUAUCGCCUUUUACAGGGUGAUGUUGGUUGUGGGAAAACUGUGGUAGCUUUCUUGGCAUGCAUGGAAGUCAUUGCCUCAGGUUUUCAGGCUGCUUUUAUGGUUCCCACCGAGUUGCUUGCGGUCCAGCACUAUGAGCACCUUCUUAAUUUGCUAGAGAAUAUGGGGAAUGAGCAUGACAAACCUUCUGUUGCUUUAUUGACUGGGUCAACACCAUCAAAACAGUCACGGCUAAUUCGUGAGGGUCUGCGAGCCGGCAACAUCUCAUUGGUCAUUGGAACUCACAGUUUGAUUGCAGAAAAAGUAGAAUUCUUAGCUUUACGCAUUGCUGUGGUGGACGAGCAACACCGUUUUGGUGUGAUUCAGAGAGGAAGGUUCAACAGCAAGUUAUAUUUUAACUCUCUGAGUUCGACACUAGCUGGAAAUGAUUCAAGUGCCUCGCCCAAGGGCGAGUAUAUGGCUCCUCAUAUUCUCGCUAUGUCGGCUACCCCAAUUCCAAGGACACUUGCUCUGGCCUUGUAUGGUGAUAUGUCCUUGACCCAAAUCACUGAUUUACCUCCUGGAAGGAUACCUAUAGAGACAUGUAUUAUUGAAGGAAGUGAAUCUGGCUUUUCGAAGGUCUACCAGGUUAUGUUGGAUGAACUAGAAGCAGGAGGAAAAAUAUAUCUGGUGUAUCCGGUAAUUGAGCUCUCUGAACAGCUUCCUCAACUUCGUGCGGCUUCUGCUGAUUUUGAAACUAUAUCUAGUAAGUUCAGAGAUUAUAAUUGUGGGCUGCUGCAUGGGAAAAUGAAGAGUGACGAGAAAGAUGAAGCAUUGAGACGUUUUAGAUCUGGUGAAACUCAUAUACUGCUAGCUACACAAGUUAUCGAGAUCGGUGUGGAUGUUCCAGAUGCAUCUAUGAUGGUUGUUAUGAAUGCUGAAAGAUUUGGAAUGGCUCAAUUGCACCAACUUAGAGGACGAGUAGGUCGUGGAGUGCGAAAAUCAAAAUGUAUACUAGUAGCGUCUUCCGUCAGUAGCUUAAGUCGGUUGAAGGUGCUUGAGAGCUCGCAAGAUGGUUUUCACCUUGCAAGCAUGGAUCUUAUUCUUCGUGGACCUGGUGACUUACUUGGUAAGAAACAGUCAGGACACCUUCCAGAUUUUCCUAUUGCCAGACUGGAGAUAGAUGGGAAUAUUCUACAAGAUGCACAUGCCGCCGCCUUGGAAACUUUAGGCAUGUCCCAUGAUUUGGAGAAAUUCCCUGAGCUUAAAGCAGAACUUAGCAUGAGACAGCCGCUUUGCAUUCUUGGUGAUUAACACUAGAUGUGACUUUUUUGUCUCUCCAUCUGAAGAGGGUCUCUAUCUCAGAUCAAGGUACAUUUGUGUUUCGAACAUGAAAAUUUGAGAACGAAAAAGAAGACCAAAUUACAAAUGAAGUUGAAGUCCUGUAGUUUGUGAAUACGCACGUGUUCUGUAUCUUAUCUCAAUAGUCUAUACCUAACACUGUACCUGUAUAGCUGAUGCCCUUCCAGUACCAAACAUUUUAGCUCUCUUUUAAAUUUUAUAUAGAUACGUAAAUUAUUAGAA